AUGGGAGACGUCGCCGUGGAGAAUCCGGCGAACAACGUCACGCCUCAUACCAAGCCGGCACCAUUGGACACCAUCCCCAACAUAGACUCAAUCGAAGGCACAGGGACUGAUGGAGGCGACGAAUAUGCUACUUUGAAGAAACUCCAGAGACAUUUAGAGUAUGUUGGAAACGGAAAGAGCCUGAAAAGAGAACUUGUUCGUGCACAGGAAGAAAUUAAGCGGAUACAAAGUGUUCCCUUGGUUAUAGGCCAGUUCAUGGAGGCGAUUGACCAGAAUACCGGAAUCGUGCAAUCGUCAACCGGCUCGAAUUAUGUCGUCCGGAUUCUAUCCACGCUCGACCGCGAGAAGCUCAAACCAUCGUCCUCGGUCGCUCUCCAUCGCCACUCCAACGCCCUUGUCGAUAUCCUACCUCCAGAGGCCGACUCCUCCAUCGCUAUGUUAGGCGAAAAUGAGAAACCAGACGUCACGUAUGCCGAUGUUGGUGGACUUGAUAUGCAGAAGCAGGAAAUCCGCGAGGCAGUGGAAUUGCCAUUGACGCACUUCGACCUGUACAGGCAAAUCGGUAUCGAUCCUCCUCGUGGUGUCCUGCUAUACGGCCCUCCCGGAACAGGUAAGACUAUGCUGGUCAAGGCGGUGGCGAAUAGCACAACUGCCAGCUUCAUCCGAGUAAACGGCUCCGAGUUUGUCCAGAAGUACUUGGGUGAAGGUCCUCGCAUGGUCCGUGAUGUGUUCAGGAUGGCCCGGGAGAAUGCCCCCGCUAUUAUCUUCAUCGACGAAAUCGACGCCAUUGCCACAAAGCGUUUCGACGCCCAAACUGGUGCCGAUCGUGAGGUUCAACGUAUUCUUCUGGAACUCCUCAACCAGAUGGAUGGUUUUGAGCAAUCGAGCAAUGUUAAGGUCAUUAUGGCUACUAACCGGGCCGAUACUUUGGAUCCUGCUCUGCUGCGUCCAGGUCGUCUGGACCGAAAGAUCGAGUUCCCCUCUCUUCGUGAUCGGCGAGAGCGUCGGUUGAUUUUCACCACCAUCGCAUCUAAGAUGUCCUUGUCCCCUGAGGUCGACCUUGACUCGCUGAUUGUGCGUAAUGAACCCUUGUCUGGUGCUGUCAUUGCCGCCAUCAUGCAGGAGGCUGGUCUACGAGCCGUGCGGAAGAACCGGUACAACAUUAUCCAAUCUGACCUUGAGGAUGCUUACGCUGCCCAAGUGAAGACUGGACAAGAAGCGGACAGGCUUGAGUUCUACCGGUAA